AUGGUCAGCAGGGGCGUUCACUAACUUAAAAACCUUCGUUUAUACUUUUGCGACUUCGGCGGGUCCUCUCUCGGAGUGCGUGACUUCUUAAAAUCGCAGGAACUAGCAGAUUUCGUUAAUUAAAAUGAGCACCUCAAAGUAGAGGUAUUUAUGCGCAGAAAUCAUCACCCCUACAUUUCAGCCACCUAUAUAAAUGGAUUCGUCAAAGAUCAACCCUUGAGAAACCUCCCACCAGAAGAGAUUCUUGAUCAACUAGAAAGGUAGAAUAACACAUUUGGCAGAUCAUCAACACUACUUAAACACAAUAGCAUAAAAGUAAAUGGGAACACUCAAUCAGUGUAGGGAAAGUGGAAUAAUAAUACAUGGAACAGAUUCCCUUAACAUCAAAUGGAGACAUUCAAACUCAUUCCAAGAGGAAUGAUAGAUCCACCCCAACUGAUUCCAGUUCAGCCAAAGAAAAAGCCAGAUUACUUGACUGCUUUCAUGAGGAAGAAGAGCGUACUGCCCAAGUACAACAUCAACUCUUGA